CUUAAAAAUUAUCACUCCGUAGAGUACACUGGCCGUCGUAAGACACAUAGUUUGCGUCCCCAUUUCUUUUUCCUCGGGUUUCACAUUUCUUGCGACGCUUUCAGGAGGUCGCCGAACGAGCCUCGUCGUAUCUUCAAUUACGGGGUGGCAACUUCAGCGUCAUGCUCUCCUCCACUCUUGGCGUCAUGGUGUACGUCGGGAAGCCGGGGGCCAGCACGCCGACGGCCGCCGACCAAGAGUGCGAGUACUCCUACAUGGUGGACAGUGACUUACCCUGCAGGAGCGACAUCUCCCCCAGACUGGAGUCCUACAACCGUGCCGAGCAGUACGCCUAUGCAGCGUACGUCGACGGAACACGGCGUUUUUAUAUCACCUACGAGACGGUGCAGUCCUUGCAAGACAAGAUGGAUACGUACGCGAAUGUUUCCACCGGCUGGGCGCUGUUCGAGGCACAGCGUGACGUGUGGAAGGCCUGCAGACAGGACGACUACCUUCGGCUCAUCGCGAUACAACAAAAAGCGCGGCGCCUAGGCAAGCGGUGACGAAGGAGCCUGGCGUAGGUCAGGAACAUUGGAAGGCCCUACUUCCUGUCACAAACGGGCGUGGUCAGUGUGUGGCAACCUGCUGCUGCCACCUUUCGUGGUUAUUAUAAAUUAUAUUGCAUAUGUUCAGACUUGACGUAUCAGUGUAGCUAUCUAGGUGGUCCUUGUAAAUCAAUUUGGUCCCAAUUUCCACGCUCUUAAGAAUCGUCUUGCCUACCCCGACCCCGGAAUUUUGCAAAUGCAUUUUGCAAAUACUAAGCGUGGCAUCGAAGAUGUAUCAUACGUAGUACCAAAUAUACUUAUCCUGUCAGUUAAUUGAGCUCGUAUAUCCUGAAUUCUAGGAAUGAUGCAGUUGAAUGGGCUGCCCCAUAGUAAGGCAGUGUA